CAAAAAGGUCGUCCAUGUAUAUAAAGAAGACUAAAUAAAGUAACUUGCACAAUUUUCCAAUUUUCUGCUUAUCUGUUACUUUGUGUAGUUUAAAUAACCAUGACAGUUGAUUAGCAACAAUCCAAAAAUUAAUAUCUUUAGAAAAAAAAAAAAAGAUGGCGACUUCUUCUGUGGAUCCAGCAACCGUGGCGUCCAAAGUUGGAUUUGCAGAGUUGUGUGGUUUGUUAGAAAAAAUUAGCAAAACCCAAGGAAAUGAUAAAAAGAAGAAAGUUCUGAAAGAGUUUGUAGAUUUGUGGAGAAAUUAUCACACCGAAUUACAUGCUGAUAAUCCUGAUUUGCCUGAUUCCUUCUACCCAGCAAUGAGACUGUUAUUACCUCAUUUAGAUAAAGAAAGACUGGCGUAUGGUAUUAAAGAGCAUAUGCUAGCCAAGCUGUUGAUUGAAGUCAUGUGUUUAGGAAAAGAAAGUCCUGAUGCUACAAAGCUGCUGAAUUUUAAAGCUCCUAAAACAGCUAGAGGGGAUGCUGGAGAUUUUGCUAACGUAGCUUUUUACGUCUUAAAGAACCGAUGUCCAGAUAAAGGUACGUUAACCAUACAGGAAGUCAACGAUUGUCUAGAUGCCAUUGCAAAUAAUAACGCAGCCAAGAAAAAGGAACCAGUUCGUAAAAAUAUUCUCCAUCUUUUGAAGAAUUUAUCAGCCGUGGAACAGAAGUGGUUCAUAAGAAUGAUUGUGAAGGAGUUAAAAGUUGGUUUGAGUCAGGCGUCCAUGUUGUCGGUAUAUCAUGCAGAUGCUGAGGAAUUAUAUAAUGUAAACAAUAAUUUAGAAAAGGUAUGUCGGUUAUUACGAGAUCCGGCUGUACGAGCUCAUGAAAUUGGAAUAUCAAUCUUCUCACCAUUUACACCAAUGUUAGGUGAACGAGGUUCUCCAGAAAAGGUGGAGAAGUUGAUGGAGGGUAAAAUGUAUUUUAUAGAAACAAAAUUUGAUGGUGAGAGAAUGUUACUACACAAAAACGAUGAGGCUUAUAAAUAUUUCUCUAGAAGUGGUAAAGAGUACACCCAUGUAUUUGGAAGUAAUCCGUACGAUGGGUCGUUAACACCAUAUAUCACCAACUGUUUUAAACCAGGAGUUAAAUCUUGUAUAUUGGAUGGAGAGAUGUUGGGAUAUCAUGCAGAAACUAAAACAUAUGGAACAAAAGCGGAAAAGUUUGAUAUUAAAUCUAAAGAACUUGCGGAGACAAAGGGAUAUCAAGCGUGUCUACAAGUAUUUGAUAUAUUAUUAUAUAAUGAUAAAGUUUUAACCAAUCUACCUCUUCGUGAACGAUUAAAAUACAUCGAGAAAGUUUUUAAUCCGACAGAAGGAAGACUGUUAAUCAGUAGUGUUAAAGAGGCUCACAAUAAUCAAGAUUGUGCCGAUGCCUUGAACGAGGCCAUAGAUGGUAGAGAGGAAGGCAUCAUGGUUAAAAAUCCAGAAUCUGUUUAUAAACCUAAUACACGGAAGGGUGGCUGGUUUAAAAUUAAACCUGAAUAUAUCGGAGGAUUGAUGGAUGAACUGGACAUUGUUAUUGUUGGAGGAUAUUUCGGUGUAGGUCAUAGAUCAGGGAUGAUGUCACAUUUUAUGUGUGCUGUGGCUGUCCCUGGGGAAGAUGGUGAGAAACCAACCGUUUUUCAUUCAUUUUGCAAGGUGGGGUCAGGAUAUUCCAAGAAAGAAUUAAUAGAUUUCAAUAAGAAGUUGGCUGAUCAUUGGCAAGUUUUUGAUAAAAGAAAUCCUCCGGAUUGUCUACAACUGGCAUCAGGAUUCAAAGAGAAACCAGAUGCAUGGAUCCAUCCAUCCAAGUCUUGUAUUGUGCAGGUAAAAGCUGCCGAGAUAACAGACAGUGAUAAAUAUCGUACAGGUUGUACAUUACGAUUUCCUCGUGUUGAAUGUUUCCGUGAUGAUAAACCCUGGUUCGAAUGUUUAACGACGACAGAAUUGGAGGAACUCAGACAGAAAUCAGGAGGAAAGUUGGCUGGGUCCAGAUAUGAACUAGGAGAUGCAGAACCUGUGAAGAAGAAACGUAAAGUUGUAUCGAGAGUUGUCCGCCCUACUGUUGGAUCACGAUUUAAAGCUAUUGAUACAUCCAACAUCACACAGAUAUCUAAGAUGUUAGAAGGUAAAGAAAUUUGUAUAAUCAAUGGAUCAUCAGAUUGGUCAAAAUCUGAGUUGGAGAAGAAAGUAGUCGAGUUUGGUGGAACUAUCACUCAAAAUCCAGAUACAUCUACGUUUUGUGUGUUGGCCGAGAAGAUUGCCGUACGGGUAAACAAUCUUAUCAAAUGUGAUCUUUAUGACAUCGUGAAGGUCAGCUGGUUUGUCAGAUGUAUAAAUGGUGAAAAGUGGAUACCAUGGACUCCUGGUGAUAUGAUUCACACAUCUCCAGCAAGUUUACGGAAGUUUAAAUUAGAUUACGAUGAAUAUGGUGAUAGCUACACUGAAGACACGACAGAGGACCAACUACAAGAGGUGUUUAAUAACAUGAAGGAGUUAUCAGAUGAUGAUGUGAUUGAAGGUAAAGAUAUAGCUGCUAUAGAAGAUGAAUAUUUUCCAGAUGAUUCACCAUAUGGUCUCUUUAGAACAUGCAGGAUCUACGUGGACAAUAAUCUGGUACUGGGCGACAAUUCUACAAAAAUACCUAAUAGUAGUCUUGAUCUACUAGCUCUUGAAUUGAGAUUCUUUGGUGCUGUUUUAUCAGAGAAACUAGAUGAUCAUGUCUCCCAUGUGUUAGUUGAUAAAAGUGAUUUUAGUCGAGUUGGUCAGCUACGAGAAGUUAGGCGUAGAAAGAGUAGAAAAUUCCAUAUUGUUAAUGAAGACUGGAUGAGAUCGUGUUUAGAAGAAGGAGAAAUAACCAAUGAAAGGAAAUAUGAACCAGAUAGUGUUGUGUCCACUUAAUUGGAGAGAGAGAUAGAGAGAUGGGUUUAGAGAGAGAGGAGAAAUAACGAAUGAAAGGAAAUAUGAAACAGAUAUUGUUAUGUGGACUUAAUGUUUUAAGGAGUGUCUAGGAACCAACUUAUAGUCAUCUGAAAACAAAAAUUGAGUUUUUUGAGUAAGAAUUUUAAUACAUUCAAAGAUUGAUAUCGGCUAGAUUCUGUAAGGCUUUAUAAGUUAAAAAAUGACAGAAUUUUUGAUUCGGCAGUUAGGAUUAGAUGGAAUUUUCAAGCAAAUGAUACUCUUGAAACUUCCCUAAUUUGAAGGCCAGACAUCCUGCAAGGCAGCUCUUUUAUAUAGGCGAUAAAAGAUUAAGUCAAUAUAGAUGAAUAUCAGUAGGAGAGAAAUGAUUAAGUCAAUAUAGAUGAAUAUCAGUAGGAGAGAAAUGGGUCUUUAGCAGUUAGGAAUAACUGGAGCACCUAGAGAAAAUCCAUGAAGUUGGACAGACCACCCUACUUCUUGUCGCAUACACACUUGGGAUCCAGACCCCACCUCUUGACUCUGUGACAGACCUCUUGAUGUGAAUAUUCGCUAGGCUGCUACAAUCACUGAUAAGGAUGACAUCAAUGCAACUUAAUGAGCCAAAAAUAUUAAUUUUUUUCCCAAUGACAAAUUAAAUUCUAAAACAUUUUUUUGAUGUAUUAGAAAAAUAAAUAAAGACGUUUGCGUAUUUGUAGGUAAAAAUUAUUUCCUAUUUAGUGUAAAUG